GUCGGCAAGAAGCAACGGACCUAAAGUCUAAAGCAGCCCACAGAAAAUGGCGCAUGCCAAUGCCAUAACCAAUCGCCAUCUUCGGAAUCUCUCAUCUCCCCUAGCCGGCAGCUUAGGCUACUUUGAUGUACUAUUUCGUUGGGCAUUAACGACGCCGAAUCCAUAGAACUAUGAUGCUCAUGGUUGCAUUGGCAUUGGUUCUCGGUUUUUUGCUGAGUGUUUUUGUUUUCACUCCGCGAGACCGCAAAUCUAGUUGUCUGGGAAAAGACAAGUCCAACUUAAAGGAUAACAAGGCAUCAAAAACCUACAGCAAAGCAGAAGUCUCAUUGCAUAACAAGAGAACAGACUGCUGGAUAAUCAUCAAGAACAAGGUUUAUGAUGUGACCUCAUAUGUAGAGGAACAUCCAGGCGGUGAUGCCAUUCUAACACAUGCCGGAGAUGAUUCAACUGAAGGUUUUUAUGGCUUUAAGAAGCCAAAUUGCAUAUUCAUUGGCUUCCCUCGUGGGACCCUGAUUUCAUCAAGAUUGCUCCCCGUGUGGUGUAAGGUAUUGCUUCUAAUUUUGAUUACUUCUGUAGAAUCAUUUGCGACCACCAUUUGUCGAAAUCUUUCUUCCCAACACAUUUUAGAACCUUCAAGAACGUGACUUAAUUCAAAUUAGAACAUUGUCUAUUGAGACUGCUGCGUUUCCUUUGAGAACAUGUCUAUUUCCUAAUAAACAUGAUCCACUGCCUGAUUGUCACUGUAUUUCUGCUCUCGUUUCUUAUCUGUAUAUUGUAAGCUCACUAUUCUUAUUUUAUUGCUCCCUCCUCUCCCUAUUGUAUGACUUUUUACUUUUACGUGGCAGGCCGCAACAUGCAACUCGAGUAUUUGAUAUGAUUGAAGACUUCUACAUUGGAGAUUUGGAGCAUUAGCUAGAUCAGUGGUUUGCGACACGCAUGACUUGAGAAUCUUAAUCUUCUAAUAACAUUUCUUGUCUAUUGAUUGAGCUUUCUUAGAUACUACUUGAGGAGUGCUUUGCCCAUUGGGAGUGUUUAACCACACCGUGAUUAAUACGUCUUCAUCUGCAUGGAUAGGAUAGUUUGUUUCCCUGUGAUAAUCACAAGCCACCUGCUAUUGUCUCCAUAGGAUUUGGAUUCCAUGCCCUUGACAACUACAAGUAUUGGGUGCCUAUUUCCACGUGGCAAAAUUUAUAUUGUCCAUUAAAUCAAUGGUUUGGAGAA